ACCAUUGAUGGGAGUAUUGUCUUAUACUGCAAAGUUCCAGCACAACCUUUUCUUCGAGUUACAUAUUAAUAAAAUUCAUCUCUGCAAAAUAAAAAUGGAUCCUACAUGGAAAGCAUUCUUCUACUUCACUGUGUGGUUCAUCAAAGUGUGGAAAAUCGAAGCAUCUGUCUUCAUCCUAAAUACAACUUCAGGCUCGUUCAAGCAUCCAAAGAACUCCUCUCGGUACCAGCCUGCAACCGAACACACGUGGCUCAUCAAAGUUGAAAAAGCAAGGUACAUCAAUCUAUCACUUCAUAUAAGAGACGUCGAAGUGUAUAGAGGAAAAUGUAUUGAUAUUGUCGAAAUAAAAGAUGGCGAUAGCUCACAUGCGCCAUUUCUUGGAGGCUAUUGCAAUGAAAAUAAGCCAUCUUAUAAUAUACUGUCAAGUGGUAAUGCAUUACGGGUGUGGUUUCAGUCUGCAAAAAACAGCGCUGGAGGACAUGGCUUCAGUGUAACGUACACAAGUGCUCUUGAUGAAGCUUGCGGUGGUCAUUUCAAGACGUUUCCGGGAGUCAUUAAAACCCCACGCUAUCCUCUACCGUACCCAAAUAACCGUGAAUGUACUUGGACGAUCCAAACUCCUCCUGGUACCUAUAUUCGCGUGCAGUUUCACGGUGCUUACGGUUUGGAAUAUCGAUGCCCUGAUCAUCAUUGUGAAUGUGUUGAUUUUCUCGAGAUUAGGGACGGAGGUAUAAGACUGCGCGAAGAACCUCAAUAUGGGUAUUGUUUUAUGAAACCCGAGCCAUUUACAUCAAGAAGCAAUGCAGUAGAGAUUAAAUUUACAUCAGAUUCCCAUGGACGGUACGAAGGUUUCCACUUCACAUAUACAACAUCACUUACCAGAGGGUGUGGUGGAGAUAUUCAUAAAGAUCGUGGAAUCCUUACAAGUCCAAACUAUCCUUACAGCUAUUACUCAUAUAUCAAAUGUAUUUGGCGAAUCAAGGCGCCGAAAGAUCAUUUCGUCACAAUAACAUUUCAUGAAUUUGAUGUUGAGCGAUCAUCUUCGUUCUGCGCCGGACACUUUUUGACCAUACGAGAUGGAUACUCGGAAGAAAGUCCACUACUUGAAAAAAUGUGCACUCCAAAGUUUGUAAAGGAAAUCAACUCGACAGGAGAAAUGAUGCACAUCACAUUCAUGUCGUUUUUUAAUUCACACUCCAUGGGAUUCAGAGCAACAUUUGCAAGUCAUAGAAGAACAUAGACUGCUUUGCUUUGAUUUAUAUAAGCAAACAAACAAGAUGGUAGAGCGAAACUGAUUAUUUAUAGAAUUAUAUGUUCAUAUAAAACACAAUACAUUGAAACAAUAA